AUGCUAUCAGCGGUUGUUAACAGAGACUAUGAGCUAGAACAGAUGGAUGUCAAGACUGCAUUUCUACACGGUGACUUAGAAGAAAGGAUACUAAUGAAGCAACCAGAAGGUUUCAUUAAGAAAGGAGAUGAAAACAAAGUAUGCCUACUCAGGAAAUCUCUAUAUGGUCUAAAACAGUCACCAAGGCAGUGGAAUAUCAAGUUUGACAGUUUUAUGAAGGAAGCAAACUUCAUCAGAGCGAGCAGUUUGUCAGAGAUCAGAUUGGUAAAAGACAGUUUGAGCUCUAAGUUCGAAAUGAAAGACAUGGAUGCUACAACAACAACAACUCCACUUGCUACUCAUUUCAAGCUAAAAAGUUUAACUAAAGCAGAGAAAUUAGAGGAAGCAGUUCAUAUGGAGAAUACACCCUAUGCUAGUGCAGUGGGAAGUUUGAUGUAUGCAAUGAUUGGUUCAAGGCCAGACUUAGCAUAUGCAGUUGGGGUUAUAAGCAGGUUCAUGUCAAAUCCAGGGAGAGGUCAUUGGACAGCAGUGAAAUGGGUUUUACGCUACCUAAGAGGGUGCAUCAAAAGCAAGUCUAACAUUUACCAAGAAGAAAAGGUUUCAGUAUUGAUGGGGUUCUGCGAUUCAGACUAUGCAACGGAUAUUGACAGAAGAAGGUCAGUGACUGGGUAUAUCUUUCAAGUCUGGGGUAAUACAGUUUCAUGGCGUUCUAAUCUACAGUCUGUGGUAGCCCUAUCAACUACUGAAGCUGAGUACAUGGCCCUAUCUUCAGCAGUAAGAGAGGCUAUAUGGUUAAAGGGUUUAUGCAGUGAGUUGGGUUUUGAUGCAGGUGCAGUUAAAAUUCAUUGUGAUUCACAGAGUGCACUAGCUCUAGCUAAGAACUCAGUUUAUCACGAAAGGACUAAGCACAUUGCUACAAAGUAUCAUUUCAUCAGAGAUAUAGUAGCAGAAGGCACAGUAUGGUAG